AUGUCUCUGAGCAAGCAGGAACGACCUGUUGACCAACUUUCCGAACUGGAUUUCCUCGGAGGUCAUCUCAAGAUCGGAAUCACCAAACCGGUACGAGUGCUGCUUAAAAUAUAUCCACCUAGAACAUUCUAGUAGUUCCUUAGCUUGUUCUCGUAGUGAAUCGAGCCCAUUUUUCAGAGACCAGUGUUCCGUGCGAAUCGAAUUAUCUCAAACUUCGAGAAUAACAUUCGCACCUUUUUCAAAUCUCGCAUUGGCAAGCAAGGAAAGAAUUGCGGAGAAGGGCUCACAAUUGGAGAAGAAGAAGACGAGGACGAGGAGCAGGUCGGUUCUGAGAACUAAUCAAACGCUUCACUCUCCGUUUUUGUGUGCUCUCGGAAGCUUCGAUGAAGGAAAAGGGAGCGAUGGGGUCAGCAGAAGCACGUGACUUUCAUGGGGGGGGGGGGGUCAAGCAGAGAGAGUCAGAGGAGGAAAUAAGCCUGAAUUUAUGGAUGUUUCGUGGAAAAGAUGGGCCUCGCGUGGUGAACUUCGAUCUUUUGGGGCCCACCGAUUAGUGAGCUUCUAAACUUUUCUCAAAAUAAUUAUAGAGACAUUUGACACCAUUCUAGACAUUCUAGUCAGACCAAAUCCAAAUUUCCUGACAACGUGGGUUUCAGGUAUAAUUUUCCCAAUAUUUGAAAUGGAUUUUCUCGAAGAUUAGAAGGUUACGGUAGGUCUCAAGGGGUUUUUUGGCAUCAUCUGGGCAUCUGAUAUUUUUGCCAAUGUAUGUAUGCGAAAAUGUUCAAAACUCUUGAAAGAAAAAAUUUCGCUUAUUCUACUAUCACUGUAGAUGCCAAAAAACGUUAUAGGACCGUCUGGAACCUCGUAAUCUUUGAGAAAAUUCAACUCAAACUAAACUGAGAAAAAAUGUUUUUGUUAAUUUUGAAUCAAAUUGAUUCUAUUGUUACUGUAGGUAUCAAAAAAACACAACGAUACCCAUCUGGAAUACCCUAAUCUUCAGAAAAACAAUAUCUAAUGUUGGAAAACAUGCCCAUUUUGACGACAAUAUCAGUAAUUUAUCAGAAUCUCACCAAACAAAGGUUCCUUGUCGGGAAGAAAUACUACUGUACUUGAAUAAAUUCACUACAAAAGUGAGUCACACGUCCCUGAGGAAUUCAGAAGUUAGGAAAAGUAAUUGGUUUUGCUGAAACGAAGGCAAUUAUGAAAGAGUGGAAAGAGAGAGAGCAAAUAAAUAUUUAUAGCUGACUCACAUUUUAUGAGUGUGCUCAUUCAAGCACUCAAUUUUUGAUGGCGACAAUAAAUAAAUUUUCAGUUCCAAUGGCAGCUUCUUCCGGAGAACGUCCGUUCCCUGUGCGUCCGCAAGAUGCCCCUCCAGACUCGUGUCUGUCUCGCCGCCACGUCAAAAGACGAACGUGCUCUGGUCAGAAGCACGAAAGUGAUGUGCAAACUCUUUGUGAUCGACGACCUCGACCGUCGUACUUAUCACCUUCUGCGCUAUCCGAACCUUCAUUGGAUGGCUUUUGCGCGACCAGGAGUCAGUUUCCAGAGCUUUCUCGAGAAAGACACUCAUGAGAGUUUUCCAGAAAAAGUAUUUCGUCAAUUUUGUAUGCGAUUGGCAGCAUGACAUCGCGAUCUGCUUCUGCGAAGAACGUCGUCCGUUCCAGGCAAGUGAUUUCAGUCAUUUUUGAAGAUAAUUUUCUUUUUAGGGAACCCACGUGGCCACCAAGGUCUACUGGCUAACCCCCAGCGGAAAAGUCAAGAAGACGGUCAUUCCGAACGUCGAACCUUAUGACCUUGCCGUCAAAACAGCGGCGAAAUUCUUCUCGGUCAUCACGGAGGACUGCAAGCGUUCUUCGAUCUCUAUGCCAGGCUGGCCCGAGGAGAUCUACGACAUCCCGGAACUCCGCCACAGUUAUAUAAUCGGCUCGAACUACGACAACGUGGAAGCGAUCCACAAGAUGUACGAUUUCUUCGGGCCCUUCUCGUUCGACGUCCAAAUGCACCAGACUGUCGCCAAGUACAAGUUGCCGUUCUCUUUUUUGGAGGUCGCUCGUCGCGGAAUGAAGUCGUGGGUCAACAUGCGCGCCAAGGAUCAGGCCCUUUGCGAUGAGAUGCUCGACAAGGAUUUGCGCAUUUUGAUUCUGCACGACUCGUUUGUCAGUCAGGAGAAGAUGCGCGAGUUCAUGGACAAAUGGUGUGUCGACUUGAUUUGUGACCGCUUCUGCUGGUGGGCCAUCAGCACUCACAUGCCUUUGGAAAUCAACUCCCUGCUCGACGGACUCAAUGUCGAGUUCAAAUGGGAGAAAUUUGGACAGAAAUUGUAAGGAACUAUGGGAUAUAACUAAUUUUAUGCUUUUUUCAGUCGCAAGCACCACAAGGGAAACCACGCGAAAAGACCGAACGGAAUCCGUACUUCGUGCUAUGCGCUGGAGAGCCAAAUUGAUCCGAUGAAAAGAGCAACCAUCAUCAUCCGUGACAAGAUGGUGCUUUUCGCAAACGCAGAAGUCGCUCCCGAGAUUGACGAGUAUGGUCUUAUCACCUACAAAACUCGCUCCGGAGUCAAUGACACACAAUUUUAA